CAUUGUCUGAAAAUUUCUAUAGAGUUUUUCAAUUUGGUGUUGUUGACUUGCCAUCAUCAGAAGAAGAUUUUCCCUUCAUUACAAGUCUAUGUCAAUUUUUUCUAUCAUUUAAGUCUCUGCUUCUACAAUGUCAUGACAGACAUAAAUAUCUUCGAAAUAAAUUUGUGACAUCUGGACAUCAGUUAUUAUUAAGCAAAAUGGUUGCAGGUCAACAAAAACAAAAAAAUCAAUCCAUACCUAAAAAUGAAAUAACACCUGAAAACCAUAAUGUGUCAAUUCAUGCUAAUUUAAGAAAUAAAAUUAAUCUAUAUUUAAGUGAAAAAUGA